AUGUUCCCCGGCUUAUUACAAACUCGAGACCCAACUUUACUGCACACUCUCACGUCCCGCUUGUGCUUGGCGUCGACGAAGGUCCGGGAGCGCUGCCUCGGGCCCCUCGGGUCGCUCUCGGUUCCCGGAACCAGCCCGAAGGAGCCGGCGAUUCCCAGAAGCUGCGAGAAGAGCCAGUGGCACGUGAGGAACAGACGGCGAGUGGGGAGGAAAAAGGAGUUAAGGAGGCGGCUGCGGGACGCGGAGAAGGCCGAGGGACGGGAAGGAGCAGGGGACGUCCCGAAGGCGCCUGCCACUCGCAUGGAGGACGAGGCGCUCCUGAAGAGUAUUGAUCAGCUGACGACUAGCUUCAAGACCUACAUACACAACACCAACACGACGGAGCUCCAGCAGGUCGCCGCCCGCUCCCUCGCCCUCAACGUCCCCCAGCUGCCCCUCUUCGGCAACCUCUUCGGCCUCUCCUCGGACUCGGUGGCCACCUCGCUCGCCUUCGCCCUCUUCUUCGGGUGGCCGCUCAUCCUGGGCGCCCUCUACCUGGCCCUCAUCGUCCUCUACCCCAACAGGCGCAGCGACAACUACUUCGAGAAGAACCUCUCCGACAUGGUGGUGCGGAUGUCCCACAUGAUGCACGCCGCCGAGGACAGCCUCUUCGACUUCCUGGAGGAGGUGACCGACCCGGGCUCCUCGAGCGGCUCCCACGCGGGCCGCCCUCAGCUCGUGCCGGCCUACGAGUACGCCGACGAGCGCCAGGAGGUCUUCUACCAGCCCUUCGCCUACUACGACGACGACGGCCACCACGUGGGCGAGGACUACUACGAGGACGAGCAGGCGCCGCCCUUCGACGCCUGGGGUAAUCCCGUCGGGGGGUCCACGUUCGUGGCUCCCGACAGCGGCGUCCUCAACCCCGUGGUGUCCUUCCAGACGCCAAACAGCGAGCCUCUGCGGGAACAGCUGUACGAGGGCGCCGCCAGCGAAGCGGCGGACCUCCCGAACGAAAUCGUCCUGAAGGACAAGCAGAACUUCCUGAGCGUGGUGCUGGGCACGCAGUACCAGCACACGAAGCCCUCGGGCUCGCUUGCCGACGAGGGCGUGAUCAGGGGCUCCGUCUUCCCGGGCGAGGACAACCGCCCGCAGCCACCCAGGGACUUCCGGCCCGCGGCGAGGCCUCCGCCGAGCGCCUCCGGCCACGGCUUCCGCUUCGACGCUGACAUCGACCCGCGCUUCAGGAACAGGACGAAGCCGAGCACCGGCUUCCAGCCGUCAGAGACGGAGAGCUUCAGCACGGAGACCGAGUGGAUCCCGGGGAACAAGCCCUUCCGCAGGAGGCUCAAGGUGGACGACGGGGAGGCGGACGGGAUUUCGGGGACGGGGUCUCCCCUGAUGAACACCUUCCUCCUGGGCGAUUACGACACCGACGGCGACCUCGUGGCCGGCCGCGCCCUCGGCAGUGAGGACAGAGUCUCGGACCCGGAGCAGUGACCGAUGCCACGCUAGGCAACUGUACAUUAUGUAAAUAUUUUGUUCUUAAUCGCUUAUUUAUUACUUUAGGGGGAUUUACUGUUCACAGGGAUUCAGUUCGUCGUUACAUCCUUAUCAGAGUUACAAUUCCAGUUUGAUUUUAUCUGGAAUAUGAUUGUAAUUAUUAAGGUCUGCUUUCAUCGUACAAAUAAAUACCUUCA